CCAAGUUCUGUAGUAAAACGAAAACAUGGAUACUGCUCAUCGAUGCUUUCUAAUUCUCGUUGCCCUCUUCGUGUUACUCUUCGGCGUAACUUCAUCCCAACCUUACGAGGAAUUCCUGCAAUGCCUCGAAUUCCAUGAUUCGAACAUCACAAGCAUCGUCUACACUAGAGCCAACUCUUCCUUCUCGUCCUUGCUCGAAUCCUCCAUUCGAAACCCGAGGUUCGACACCUCUGCCACCCCAAAGCCGUCACUGAUCGUCACACCGCGACAAAUUUCACACAUCCAAUCCACAAUCCGGUGCUCUAGAGCACACAGGAUUCAGAUCAGAGUUCGAAGCGGUGGCCACGACUACGAAGGCCUUUCCUACUCCACCAUCUCCCCGUCCCUUACUUUCCUCGUCCUAGACCUCCGCAAUCUCCGAGCCAUCCAAGUGGACGUGCCCUCAAACACCGCUUGGGCGCAAGCAGGAGCCACCUUAGGAGAGCUCUACUACGCCAUAGCCGCCGAGAGCAGAACGCUAGCCUUUCCCGCGGGAAUGUGGCCGACGGUGGGUCUCGGCGGCCACAUCAGCGGCGGAGGUUACGGCUCCCUACUACGCAAACACGGCAUCGCAGCAGACAACGUGGUGGAUGCGCAAGUGGUCGACCUGGAAGGUAGAAUCCUCGAUCGAGCUUCCAUGGGGGAGGAUUUGUUCUGGGCAAUCCGCGGAGGUGGAGGAAAUACUUUCGGGAUUGUCGUAGCGUGGAAACUGAGCUUGGUUUCCGUUCCUCCCACGGUGACUCUGUUUACAGUGUCGAGAACUGCUCAGCACAAGGGAAUCGAGUUGUUCCACCGGUGGCAGCACGUGGUCGACAAGCUCCCAGACGAUCUAAUCGUCAUGGCUUCUCUAAGCAGAGACAACGGCACGAUUCUAGCUUCUUUCGAUUCCAUGUUCCUGGGGAAAACAGAUUCUCUACUUCCCCUGUUGGAACAGAGGUUUCCUGAAUUGGGCGUUUCAAGAUCGGAUUGCAUUGAAAUGAGCUGGAUCCAGUCGAUCCUCUACUCUGCCGAUUUUCCAAUCAAUGGUUCCUUAGAAGUAUUGCUGAACAGGAGCAUCACCAUUUCCAAAACUGGCAGGUUCAAAGCGAAAUCGGACUACGUUCAAACCCCAAUUCCUGAAGCAGAGUUGGAGAAGAUAUUGGAGAGGUUUUCUGAAGUGGAGGACGGGGCGAUUUCGUUCGAGAUCAUGCCUCACGGCGGUAAAAUGAGCCGGAUCCCGGAAUCCAGCGUGCCAUACCCGCAUAGAGCUGGUAACAUUUACAAGAUCCAGUACUAUAUGUAUUGGUACACGGGUGGCGAGGAAGCCGCGGAAAGAAAUAUUGGGUGGAUCAGGGAACUGUACGAUUUCAUGGAGCCUUAUGUUUCUAAGAACCCGCGAGGUGCGUACAUGAAUUCGAGAGAUCUUGAUCUGGGGAUGAACGAUGCUGUCAGUGUUGGAGGAGGAGGCGAGUCGGCGUACGAGAGAGCGAGCAUUUGGGGGAUGAAGUAUUUCAAGAACAACUUCGACAGGUUGGUGCGGGUGAAGACCGCGGUGGAUCCUGAAGAUUUCUUUCGUAAUGAACAGAGCAUUCCGCCGGUUCCUGAUGCUUUCCAGGCUGAUGAGUAGCGAAUUGUAAUACCGAAUGCUAGUAAGUAGUAAGGGUGGGUCAUAAUGAAAUUCAGGUAUGUAG